CGUCGCGCAGGCGCCGUGGGGGCGGGGAGAGGGUCCGGAGUGGAAUUGCGGUGGCUGUUCCCGGCGCCGUUCGCAGCGGGGCGGCGCGGCGGGGAUGAGCCUCCGCCCGGCCCGGCUAAGGGGACGCGGGCAGAGCGACUCCGCACGCCAGGUCGGGCACCCAGCAGGCCGCUGCCGCUCGCCGCUGUCGGCGGCGUCCCGCAGCCGAGCGGCCGCGGAGCUCAGGGAGCGCCGCUGACCGGAACCGCCCGCUCGGGCCCUGCUGGCCCCGGGGCGAGGGAGGGGGGCGCGCAGGUAGCGGGGCGCCCGCGCCUCGGCCCGAGCCUCGGGGGGGCGGGGGCCGUUGGGGCGGCCCGGCCCCCCCCUCCCGACCCUUCCCCCGCGCGGUGGUUCGGCGGGCGAGGGGGGGCGCGGCCCGGCGCCCGCGGGGAGGAUGGUGAAGCCGCCCCCAGUCCCCGCGCCGGGCCGGGAGGCGGCCGAGCCGAGCCGGGCCCGCGCCGCCAGGGCCGCCCUCCGCAGGGGCUGAGGGGCUGAGCCGAGCCCCGCGGGGUGGUCGCUAUCGGAAGGAUGACCACUCCGGCCCUGCUGCCGCUCUCCGGGCGGAGGCUGCCCCCCCUGAACCUGGGGGCCUCCUCUUUCCCGCACCACAGGGCUACCUUGAGACUCUCCGAAAAAUUUAUCCUGCUCCUGAUUCUUAGUGCCUUCAUCACCCUGUGCUUCGGGGCGUUCUUCUUCCUGCCCGACUCCUCGAAGCACAAGCGCUUUGACCUGGGCUUGGAGGAUGUGCUCAUUCCUCACGUGGACACCAGCAAAGGGGGCAAGAACCUCGGCGGCUUCAUUAUCCACGGGCAAGGGCACGACGAGCACCGGCACAGAGAAGAAGAGGAACGUCUGAGAAAUAAGAUCCGAGCAGAUCAUGAAAAGGCUCUGGAAGAAGCUAAGGAGAAAUUGAAGAAAUCGCGUGAUGAGAUUCAAGCUGAGAUUCAGACAGAAAAGAACAAAGUAGUGCAAGAGUUGAAAAAGAAAGACAGCAAGCCACUGCCCGCUGUUCCUUUACCAAAUCUUAUAGGGAUAAACAGUGGAGAACCAGCAGACCCAGAUAUCCGAGAGAAGAGGAACAAAAUCAAAGAGAUGAUGAAGCAUGCCUGGGACAAUUAUAGGCAAUAUGGAUGGGGACAUAAUGAGCUCAAACCAAUUGCCCGGAAAGGACAUUCCACCAACAUAUUUGGAAACUCACAAAUGGGUGCUACCAUAGUAGAUGCAUUGGAUACUCUUUAUAUCAUGGGGCUUCACGAUGAAUUCAGAGAAGGACAAGAGUGGAUUGACAAAAAUCUUGAUUUCAGCGUGAAUUCAGAAGUGUCUGUUUUCGAGGUCAAUAUUCGCUUUAUUGGUGGUCUUCUAGCAGCAUACUACCUUUCAGGACAAGAGGUUUUCAAGAUCAAAGCCGUGCAACUGGCAGGAAAACUUCUUCCAGCCUUCAACACACCUACGGGUAUACCAUGGGCAAUGGUGAAUCUGAAAAGCGGUGUGGGUCGAAACUGGGGCUGGGCUUCUGCUGGCAGCAGCAUCCUUGCUGAGUUUGGUACUCUACACAUGGAAUUUGUCCACCUCAGCUAUUUGACAGGGGACCCUGUAUACUACAACAAGGUCAUGCACAUUCGGAAGUUACUUCAAAAAAUGGAUCGUCCUAAUGGACUUUAUCCAAAUUAUUUGAAUCCAAGAACAGGCCGGUGGGGGCAGCAUCACACAUCCGUGGGCGGGCUGGGAGACAGUUUUUAUGAAUAUUUAUUGAAAGCCUGGCUUAUGUCAGACAAGAUGGACACAGAGGCAAGGAAAAUGUACGACGAUGCAAUUGAGGCCAUAGAAAAACAUCUCAUCAGAAAGUCCAAUGGAGGACUGACCUUCAUCGGGGAGUGGAAGAAUGGGCACCUUGAAAGAAAGAUGGGCCACUUGACCUGUUUUGCAGGGGGAAUGUUUGCCCUUGGAGCCGACGGUUCCAGAGAUGAUAAAGCUGGACAUUAUUUGCAGCUUGGAGCUGAAAUUGCACAUACGUGUCACGAGUCAUAUGACAGGACAACAUUAAAGCUGGGUCCAGAAGCAUUCAAAUUUGAUGGUGGCGUAGAGGCGGUGGCAGUGCGGCAGAAUGAGAAGUAUUACAUCCUAAGACCAGAGGUGAUUGAGACCUACUGGUAUAUGUGGAGAUUCACCCACGAUCCCAAGUACAGGCAGUGGGGCUGGGAGGCAACCCAGGCAAUUGACAAAUAUUGCCGAGUCAGUGGUGGCUUUUCUGGUGUCAAGGAUGUCUAUUCCUCCUCUCCUACAUAUGACGACGUACAGCAGAGCUUUUUCCUUGCUGAAACUUUGAAGUAUUUGUAUCUGCUCUUCUCCAAUGAUGACCUUCUACCACUAGACAACUGGGUUUUUAACACAGAAGCUCAUCCUCUGCCUGUUUUACACUUAGCCAACACCACACUGUCAGGAAAUCCUGCAUAUCGAUAAAAGCAGCUCUAUGAAGAGGAAAAGAGACUGUUUUCAGCUCUGAUUUGUUUACAUGGACCACUUGAGACUUUAAGCAGGAGACGAGACAGACGUUUGAUAAAACUAGACCUCUGAGUCAAGCAAAUGCCGGCGUGAGAAACAAAGCUCUUCAACAUAUAGAUAAGUUAAAACUGAAAAAAGAAAAAAAUCUGUUUUAUACAUGACCAAAACACAUUAGUGUGAUAUUUGCAGGACAGAGACUUCAUGCGCUUUGAACCCUAGCAAGGCAUGGAAUCUAAUGUUUAAUUUAAAAGCAGCAGCAUAAGGAAGAAGAGGCUUCUUUCCCGUCCAGGGAGAGGAACUUGCUGCUGUUGGCUGUGGCAAGGAACAACGCACCAGCCACUUCUUCAGAUCGGGUGGGUUCCAAAUAACUAGAUUUUCUUUUUCUUUUUCUUUUUGUUUGAUGAUGGCAUGAACAAAGCAAAACAAAAGCAACAUCACUGCACCAGCAGCAUCAGGAUUUGAAUUUUUAUUCUGUACCUGUCUGAAUUUUCUAAGGAGCAUCCGUUUGUCCAGACUGGCAGCCAUUCUCAGGGCCUCUAAAAUAUCAAAACAAAAUUCAAAACUAUAAAAACUAUUUCCUCCUCAUUUUCCCUUUUCAAAAUGAUGCUCAAAGGCCUGUGUUGUAUUCUUACAUCCAAAAAGCAAUUAGUAAGCAUUUGGUUUGUGGUUCACUGUCAGCAACGUGGGCUUAGUUCAUUUUGCAAGCUGCAGUCACACAGUGGUGCAUAUCACAGUGGUAGGAAGGAGCCUACGUUUCCCUUCCUCACAAAUCUUGUCAUAUGAAAAAAAAAAGCAUUCUCUUAUUAUUCCUGGUUCUUUUAGCUAAGUAAACAGAGAUGACAGCAUGAGAAAGAGAGUCUCUCAUAGUUUAUAUAAUAGGAUACAGUAUAUGGCACUUAAAAAUGCUACCUUGGGUUAAGCAGCAGGAGUUUGUUGCUUUAUAUUUUUCCACACAAUCAGGAUCUUUUCUAAAAGUUAAAUUUCGUUCUUUGGAUGCUAUUCAUGGAACCUUCUUUGCAGGUAUGUGCAUAACAGAAGCCACAAACUGCCUUUGAUUUAGUUUACAGAACUCUUUUUCUUCUCUGUGCUCUAGCACAAAGCCAACAUGAUCUUCUUUGGAAACAACAUCUCUUACAGAUGAGUGGAAAAAGAAACUGAAGAGUCGCUUCUUCCAUUAGUUUAUAAGAAAUGAGAUGCUGUUAUCUGCACAUUUUGGUUUGUUGGUUUUUUUUUUUUGGUUUUGGUUUGUUUUUUUGUGGUUUUGGGGUUUUUUUUGUUUGUUUUUUGUUGAUGUUUUAUUUUUUGAGUACUCCUAGGCUGGGCUGGUCAGUAUCACUUAAAUGGAUGCUUCAGUCUUCACUUAUUUGCUGAAGGAAGUUUCACCUUUUCAAGUAUAUCUCAAUAUAUUUUUUUCCUACUGUUGCUCCAGAAAUCCUUACAGCUCCAAUUCUUCUUUUUAUUCCCCUUUAUAGCUCUAAAAUCCUUUUGCCAUGGUGACUGGCCCUUUUGCUGCAAAAGAGCUGUGAGGUGCUCCUUUUCUUCCUUAUUAGUGAGUUGAGUCUUUAAAAAAAAUCUUUAUUGUGUUUUCCUACUGAAGUGAGUGGAAGAAUUCUUCAGUGAGCUACAGCAGCACAGCAUCAGAUCUAACAGGAGCGAGUUCUAUUUCUCCCCCUCAAAAAACACUAAUACAUUUAUGAAGAUUUAUAUAGAAAAACUUUUUCCUCCAUCUUACUAUAAUGUAUCUGACUGUACAUUAUAGUAGCAUUUUCGCCAUAAAAUUUUUCUUCACUCAUCUUUGAUACUAACUUAGAAACAUAGAUCAUCACGUGAUCUAAGGAAAAAAUAUUAUCAGGUGCUUUUUUCCAGACAGUUACUUUAGUUUAAGAGGAAGAGUUCAUAAAGCUUGGAAAAAACUCCAGUCUCAAUGUUUUUACCUUAAUACCAGUUACUUAGUUACUGUAAUUUGCAGCAGUAUCCUAAAAAUAAUUUGCAAAUUGAUAAAGUAAUUGAUAUAGUAAAAAAUACUGAUUCAAGUAAUUGUUUAUUUAAAAUUAGGAAUAGCUUAAUAAAUAGAUUCUUCUUCCUUGUCCCACAUUAAUUUAUUUUUCUAAUGAGUAUUCAGGGAGUUACUGAAGAACUAGACAUUUUUCAUUUUCUGAAGUUCAGAUAUGUUGUGUUUUCAAAUUUUUUCCCAUCCCAUGAGAGCCAUUAUUAGUUUAAAACUGUACUCAGUUGCCUUGUUCUCCUAAAUCUCUCUGGGUAUAAAGGAGAAAGAGGUAAAGCAGACUAUUCUGGGAUUUGAAAAACAAAAAAGAAAGAAAGAAAAAAGGCACUUUCCACCCAAUAUACCCAUCCCCAUACAACUCCUGGUAAAUGCAGAUGCAGAAUGGCUGCCAGUCUGUUGAGGGAAAGGUCAAGGACAGAAUUCUGGAGUCCCAGAAACAGCAAACUUAUCAUUGUUUGCUGCUGUUUCACCCCCCUCUUGUGAAUUAAGGAGCAACCCUUCAAAUCAGUUCCUCCAUGAAUCCAAAUGGGUUAACUCACUGCCACAAGAAUGCUUGAAUUGAGGACCUAAGCCAUUUCAUGUUAUGGGAUGGUGUUUUUCUCCAAGCAGUUGUACAGUACUGCUGUUUCUUCUCUGUAGACAAGCAGCAGGUACCAAAUAAAGGACACUUGUUCCUUGUUUUCCAGUUAUCCCAAGAGCUGUCAGUUUCUACUCUUACCACUGUUUAAAAUACAAACUAUCCUUUUCCUCCAGGAGCUACUGCUGUGCAUAAUCUAUCAAAAAUAAUGCAUUUUAUGGACUAAUUGCUGUAUCAUUUGUGAAUCUCUCCAUCCUGAGAUUUCCUAGAGCAAGCUGAGUUUGGAGGUAAGGGGUUCUGAGCAAGGUGGGUGCAUAAUAACCAACUGAAACUUCUGACUGAAGUGAUGUGCCCUCGUUCUGAGUCCUUCACAGAAAAGUAGGUUCCGAUCUGCAGAAUGGUGUUAUGUACAACCCGAAGUUCAGACUGUUUUCCCUCUGGGUACAUAAGGUACAGUAGAAUAUUUCCAUUUUCAUUCUGUUGCUGCUGUCUUACAUACUUUCAUGAAGAUAGAGUGUAAAUUUAAGCACAAAAUGACUUUUUAGUCCUAGUUGUUUCUGAGUCUUGCACUGUAUUCUCUAAUGAAACAAUCCUCAUUUUCUUUAAGUAGCUGUCCCAUUUUAGCAAUUUCUACAAUAUCCUCUCCUCUUACAGGAUAAAAUAAAGAACAGAAAAUCAUGUACAUUUUUGGCACACUGGAUUUGGGCAAGAGCCUGGAAAUCCCAGAGUUGUCUAUUUCCUGUUUGCAUGCAGUCAAAACAAGGAUGUUCAGUUCUUUUCCUUAUCCAAGCCUCAAGCUUGCCUGUUGGUCAGGAUCUACCAGCAGGACAUUUUUUUUUUCUAACACUUACAGCUUGACAUUUCAAAGCAGCCAGAUUUUGGCAGCUUCCGUUGACCACCCUGGGGCUGUGUGUCUCCUGCAGUCAAGAAGUCAACUUCUUAGUUUUGUCCCCUAAACAAAACCAAAACCCUCGAACGAUAUCCUGGGUAUUCAUUUUGCUGCACGGUGUGGUCCGUAAUACUGAAUGCUUAAGAAAAGUAUGGACAAUAGUAAGUACCCUGGAGUAAAGGAAAGAGCAGGUAGUCCCCUGUGCCAGUCCACACCUUUGAAGCUCCCUUAGCUCCAUACUCCAAAGUUGUGGGUGGCUGUCUUCUGCCUCCCAGUCACUGACACAUUCUCACACAGCAUUUUAUGAGAUCUGGGUGUCAAAUAUCCAGGUUCUGAAAAGUGAGAAUAAUUACAUACUCAUCGUAAUGCCAUCCUAUAGAAUUAAAGGUCUGCCCUCUGUGUAGAUAUACAGCAAAUCAACACCCUGUCAGGCUGGUAUUUGUGAUCCUCUCUUCUGUCCCUGAGGAAAUAAUAUUACAAACUUUCAUAACAUGACCCUCCUUAGUUUGAAUGGAGGAAUGGUUAAUAGCAUUAAAAUUGAAAGAUCAACAAUGUAAACUGGUAUCCACAGAAAAUGGUGAGGUAGUUUACAUCUCAGGGCUGCAGUAACAAGCUUUUAGCAAACUGAACCUGUUCUGUACACUAGUAAGUCUAGUCCAUGUUUUUAAGGGGUCAAAUAAGAAAUGGGCUUCUUGUUACCAGAGAAGAAUGAAAGCAAGCUCUUGAUCCACACGGUAGUUCAGAGAUCUGUUCAUCCUGAUAAGACAUCCCUCUUUCACUCCUUGAAUUUUGAGAAACAGUCUUCUGACUUGAGUUUGAGUUGCCAAAGAGGAAACCCAACCUCUUUCGCAAGUUAUGUGCGUACAGCUGUAGCAGAGAUGAUAAGCACGAGCUGCUUCAGCUGUCGGCCCCUUUCUAACAAACUGCUCUGUAAUUGCUCAGAAAAGCUGGGAACCACCCAAGUCGAAGGAGACAGCCUGACUUGUUAUGGUGAAUUGUUGCCUUUAAUCCUAAUCGCUUGGUGGAAGUUGGGAUUUGCAUUCUGCCUUUAUUCUUGCUUUGUCUAAAACUGACAGAUUAUUUUUCCUCCAAAAUAAUAAAAGGGCAUAAGUCAGUCUUCUGAUGUGGAAACCUUCUGCCUCUGACCUGGAAUCCUGCAUAUGUACUUUUUACAGAUUAAAAUAAUAUUGUAUAUAAAAAAGAUUGAAUAAAGAAUGUCUUUAAGUGAAAAA